AUGCCCUCCACCACCGGUGUCAAUGGCUCUGCCAAGGUCCUCGACCACACCACGGCGCUCGAAGCCCUCAAGGAGUAUGAGACCCGCGACGGCCUCAGCAUCCAUGAUUUGAUGGACACCAAGCAGCGUGGAGGUCUGACUUACAACGACUUCCUGCUCUUGCCCGGCUACAUUGGCUUCCCCGCCUCCGAGGUUGCUCUUGAUUCUCCCGUAACAAAGAGAAUCACCCUCAAGACCCCCUUCCUCUCCUCGCCCAUGGACACUGUCACCGAGCACGAGAUGGCCAUCCACAUGGCUCUGCAGGGUGGUCUUGGUGUUAUCCACCACAACUGCUCUCCCGACGAGCAGGCUGAGAUGGUCGCAAAGGUCAAGCGAUUCGAGAACGGCUUCAUUGCCGAUCCCGUCGUCAUCUCCCGCCAGACCACCGUUGGCGAGGCCCGCGCUCUGAAGGAGCAGUGGGGUUUUGGUGGUUUCCCCGUCACAGAAACCGGCAAGAGCGGCUCCAAGCUUCUGGGUAUUGUCACUAACCGUGACAUCCAAUUCGAGGAGGACGACAGCAAGUCCGUAGAGAGUGUCAUGGUCACAGACCUUGUCACUGCUCCCCACGGCGUCAACUUGCUCGAGGCCAACAGCGUCUUGGCCAAGUCCAAGAAGGGCAAGCUCCCCAUUGUCGACAAGGACUUCAACUUUGUGUCCAUGAUCUCGCGCUCUGAUCUGAGAAAGAACCACAACUACCCUCUGGCUUCCAAGCUGCCCGACUCCAAGCAGUUGAUCGUCGCCGCUGCUAUUGGUACGCGUCCCGAGGACAAGGAUCGUCUGAAGAAGCUCGUCGACGCUGGUCUCGAUAUCGUCAUCCUCGACAGCAGUCAGGGUAACAGUAUGUACCAGAUUGAGAUGAUCAAGUGGUGUAAACAGACAUUCCCUGACCUCGAUGUCAUUGGCGGAAACGUCGUGACUCGUGAGCAAGCUGCUGGCCUGAUCGCCGCUGGUGUCGACGGUCUUCGUAUUGGUAUGGGUAGUGGAAGCGCCUGUAUUACUCAGGAGGUCAUGGCCGUUGGCCGUCCCCAGGCCGCCGCUGUCUGGUCCGUGUCGUCAUUUGCUGCAAGGUUCGGCGUCCCUUGUAUUGCCGAUGGCGGUAUUCAGAAUGUUGGCCACAUUGUCAAGGGUCUCUCCCUUGGCGCCACUACCAUCAUGAUGGGAGGUCUUUUAGCUGGUACCACCGAGUCUCCUGGUACCUUGACAUCCUUCGUCACUCGCGAGGGCAAGCUUGUCCAGACCAAGGCUUACCGUGGUAUGGGUAGUAUUGACGCCAUGCAAGACAAGAAGGCUGGUGCCGGUUCAAAGAACGCCCAAGCCAGCAACGCUGGUACCGCUCGCUACUUCUCUGAGGGAGAUAGCGUUCUCGUCGCUCAAGGUGUCUCCGGUACUGUCGCUCACCGUGGCUCCGUAGGCAAGUUCGUUCCCUACCUCGCUGCUGGUGUGAAGCACUCUAUGCAAGACGCUGGCAUUACUAGCUUGAGCGCGCUUCACGAGAAGGUCGCUUCUGGUGAGAUGCGCUUCGAGAUCCGUACUGCUAGUGCUCAGCUCGAGGGUAACGUAAACAUGGAGAGCUACGAUAAAAAGCUCUACGCUUAA